UUAGUUCUAACGACCAUCAAUACAUGCAUUGCAAUCUCACACACAUGUGAGUGAACCCAUCUCCAUACACUCACCCACAUAUAGCCUACGCUUCCCCUUCUCUCACAACCUUCCUAGAGGGGAGAGGAGAGAGAGAAGAGAGGACUCUUCUAGGGUUUGUGAUGUUUACAGAAGGGGAGAAACAGGUGCCAUGCCCACCUAGGCCCAUGGUGAUGGAUGGGAGAUGGAAGCCUAAUGUGGAAUUAGCACCAAAUUGUCCUCGGUGUGAUUCAUCCAACACUAAGUUCUGCUACUAUAACAAUUACAGCUUAACACAGCCUCGUUACUUCUGCAAGGGCUGUAGAAGAUACUGGACCAAAGGAGGAUCCCUUCGUAACGUGCCCGUCGGCGGAGGUUGCCGGAAGAAUCGUCGAGGGAAGUCAGUCCGGAUAUCCACGGACCGUGGUUUAACUGGGAAUUCGGUUUACAGUGGUGGGGUGGUGUCUGUCCGUGCUCCGCCCGAUGGUGGCGCCUCGGUUGCAUCUGCUGAAGCAACAAGGUCUGAUUCUUCUAACAUCGAUCUUGCAGUUCUCUAUGCCAAGUUCUUAAAUCAAAGGCCGGAGUCUGACCCCGGAAUCCAAAUGCAUGAAUUGACAAGGGAAUUCGAUUCCCCUCUUGACUUUCCGAGCGUUUCCAAUAAUUCAAACCAUGAGACUGAUCAGGUGGAGUUCUCACAUCAUCAACUUGGUAUGGUUGGUAUGGUUGGGUCUCAGUCUCAAUCUGAUCAGUCCUCUGAGACCCAAUUGACUGAUGUCCACCAGGCUUUCCUUAGUGAAUUCGACAUGAACAAUGGCCAACAAGACAGCAUUUCUCAGUUUACAAGCUUAGACUCUAAUGCUUACGCUUUGCAACCGUUGCCGGCCGAGGAGUUGGCCGUUCAAGACAUGUUCUGGUCGAAUUCUCCGGUGGUGGAUUCGACUUUUAUGUGGUCUGCAACACAGUUUCAAGGGUUAGAACCCGUAAACCAAGAUCAACCAACCCUUCAUUCAAAUCCAAUAAACGGUAAUUGGAACUCUUUGGAUCUGCCAAAUUAUGAAGCUUUCUCAAGCGACCAUGAACAUGCAACUUACUAGUGAUGGGUUUUCUUAAUUUUCCUUUGUAUCUUUUCAUCAGUUUGUCAUUAUCUUUUCUUUUUAUUUUCUAGCCACUAAGUGACUUAUAUAUAUAACCAUACAUAAACAUA